CAAUAUAACCUCAACCUCAAUCUCUCUUGUUGAAAGGAGCAAAACAGUCAAAAUAUGCAAUUUUCACUACUUUAAUAAAUAAAUUUACUAGGUACAAUGAUAUUUAAAGUACAUAUGUGAAUCAUUUAAUCCGUAUAAACUGUGAAAAAAUGUACGGGGAAACAUAAGUGGAAAACUUAUUAAAACUAAAAUGGAAACAUCUAAUGAAGAUAAUCCUGCUGGAAUAGAUUUGGAAGAUGAAGUGGUACAUGGAAUGACAGCUUCUUACACAGAAAUAUCAUUUAAUACUCAGUCUUCAGAACCAGAUGAUUCUGUAUUAGAGGACCUUCAUGAUUCCAUUCAAGAAGUUGAUGCAAAUGGUGAAUCAAAAGCAUCAUUUGAAAGACCAAAUAAAUUACCUCUAAAUAUAGAAGAGUCUCAAAAGUCUGCUACUUCUUCAAGUACAAAUAGAGCUGUAGAGUUUCUCAAUCAACUAAAUGGGACUAUUACGCAAGAUGGUGAAAUGGUUUCCUUUGUUGCUGAAGAUUUAGAGACAAAAAUUAAGCUUUCUAGUCCCAUUAGUAAAAUUGAAGAUAGCAAAGUUUGGGGAAGUGGAAUGCCCUGGCUCUAUCGGCAGACAUUGGCUAGUCACAUUCCUGCUAUCAAUUCAACAAUCCUGACCGACCUCGAAGUCGAAGUGGGAAAGAUUGCAUCUUCUGUUGAUUCGCUGACUGAAAAUCUUGCUGGGAUCCUCCACAGUAUGUCAGCACUUACUGUUGAGUGCCUCGAGACUCACAGAGAUGUUGUCUGUAAGACUUGUGAUGCAGUCGAUUUAAACAUCAAAUCGAUGUACCAGCUUAUGGCUAAGUGUGAAGAACUGAGCAAGUCCAUGCAGCCCAUGUACAAACUUGCAGAACAUAUUAAGGAAAUCAAGCAUUUUCUCGAUAUUUUUGAAAACACCUUAAACUAAGGAAAUGAAGACUGCUACUUUGUAAAUUGGUUACUGGACAGAGCCGCAUUUCUCACUAGGCCCAGGCCAAAGGCGCAACAUUUUAGAGGGCAAAAAGUUUUAAGGGGUGCAAAAAAAACUAAGCUUAUAUUUUUAGAUGCAACGCAGGAAGGUCUUUGCGUUGCAUCUUACAUGACCCUAUUUCGUAGGCCGUGACAAUCGAAACUGCAACAAUCCCACUUACUGACAAUGUCACCUGUUUAGUAGCUACGCUAUUAUGACUAACUUUAAUAUGACAAUAAAGGGAUAUUUAAUUAGAAUUUUUUGCAAUCAAGUCACAUUGGUUCAAGAUUAAUGGCGCUAGCAAUUUAGAAUUUUCACAAAUUAUGCCUGUAUAUAUUAUUUGCAGGCUGUAUGAUUUCAAUACAUUUGUAGAAUUUGCAAAUAUUUUCCAUUAUACAUGUAUUGUGUGCGAGUUUUAUUUGAGAGUCAGUAUCAAAAUAAGUUGAAGAACUCAUAUUUUACAGUUUUUUUUACAUUGAAUGCAAUCCAAAUAUCUAUUUGACAAUAAUUCAUUCACAGCUGGUGGGUAGGCUACAUUUAUACUUCCCCCCUCAUAUCGUUAUGUACAGGAUGGGAUCGGGAUUGCAGGCCAUUGUGAGAUGGGGGCGCUCUUUGGUCUGUGGGCCUAGGGCCACUGAAUAGAAUGGCUAAAUGUGGCUCUAGAUGUUACAUAGCAUUCUUAAGUUUUAUCUAUUUUCUCCAGUAAGAAAUUUUGUGAUUUUGGAUUUGUAUUUUGAUUUUAAAAUGUGAUUUAAAUUAACUUUAGCAAUUAGUUUGAAAAACAAAGAAAUAAUGUUUUAAAUGAUUAGUUGUAAGGCCUUUUGAAUGUAUAGAAACCAUUUGUGGAGGUAAAUGUGCAAUAUAGGUACUUCUCAAAAAC